AGUGGCGGAAGUAGCUACAGUGCAGCUUUGCUGGAGGCACAGUGUAAAACAGAAACGAAUGUCAAAAUUCAGACUUUUACAAGGAAAUCGAGACAUCUUCGCCAAGUUCACUGUAUUCAGGAAUCUUUGCAUGGGCUACGGUUGGUCGCAAUGGCAGCGCCCAGGAAACCGGUCCAAAUCCUCUGCUUCAGGCAUGACACCUGCCAACCCACCACCCAGAUCUUGUGCCUGGACCUCCCCACCACCUGUCCUCUGUGUGGCAGACCCAUCCAAACUCUCCUGCACCCUCCCUUCUCACUCCCAAACCCUUUUGAAGACGGUCACUCCCGUCCCUUCAGUGUGGUGGUGAAACCUACGUGUGGAACGUUCCUGUCAGACUACCACAGAUCUGAUGACUUACAUGUCGGGGUGACCAGCUCAAAUGGAGUGGUGUUUAACUUUGAUGAAACAGGUGUUCACAAAGACACAGCAGGCUGGGAGGAAUCUAUCACUGUCCGUCUUCUUCAAGAAAAGGACUUUGACAUUCGAGAAUGCUGGGAUAAAUGUUUGAACGAUUAUAGUCUGUACUGGAGACCUGAGUCAUAUGAUGAGAAUGCUAACAACUGUUUUGACUUCGUACUUGGGUUCUUGAGACAUGUAGGAUAUGAGUAUGUUAACACGAAAGUCUUAAGAAGUAGACAAGAUUUCUGUAAGACAUUGGUCAUUCCUGAAGGUGUUAAGGCUGGGAAGUACAUUGAUCUUUACCGAAGAUUAGAAAGGGAGGGUUUUGUUGUUGAAAGCACAAUGGGAUCUUGACUGCCAUGUUUGUGACUGAAUCUGACAGUACAAUGUAUAUCGUAAAUAUACUACAAUGUACCUUGUGUACAAAGAAAUAAACACAGCCUUUCUUAGAUCUGACCUAUAUAUGAACAUUGAACUUGUAGUAGUGGAGUUCUACUGUCUCUCUACCAUACAUGUACAUUCAUGGCAAAUUUG